AUGUCAUACUAUGACAAAUCCGAUCAGGUAGGUUACGAUGAUCGAGACAAGGAGCUAAACGAGGAAUUGGAGGCUAUGCUUGCCCGCACGCCGCCCCAUAUUCAGCGACAUCUCCAGCAACGCAUUCACGAUGGAAUUCUUCAACGCAUGAAGGAAGAGACAACAAGAAAGUGUUGGGACUUCGUAAAAAAGUAUGAGACAUGUGUGAAUACGGUCAAACCGUACAAUAUGAAGGAUUGCACCCCUCAUCGUGAUGCCUUGAAUGACUGUGCCCAUGAGAUCAACCGUGAGGAAAACUACCAACGAUACCGCAUUCUCUACCUUCGCGGUGAACUACUUAAGCUACACGAGCACCGUACUGGUGAAAAGAUGGAGAUGCUAAAAACCCGCGUGCCUGACUCCAUUAGAAAUUGGAAGACGGAUUACGCACCAAAGUACGCAGAGAUGAUGUCAGAUCUGGGUGCAAAGCCUCCAAAUGUGGAGGCAACGACCGAGAAUAUCGACACAGAUAAGAAAUGA